AUGGCGGCAGCAGAGUGCUUUGCUGAGGUGAUGUUUAGAGCAAAUAAGGGCCUGGGGCUGGACCUGGGAGAUAAAACCGCACUGCUGAAGUUUCUACUGAAGAUGGAGAUGCAGAUCACUACUAGUAAAUGUAGCCAGGCUGGACAGGCAGGACUUAAUGUUGUAGUGCCAAUGGGAGGUUUUUCAAAGGACGUUGAUCGGAGUCCUUUGGCACAUCCUAAACCAGGUGGACGGGUGAAAUGUCAGUAUAUUUCUGCUGUGGAUAAAGUGAUCUUUGUGGACGAUUAUGCAGUAGGAUGUAGGAAAGAUCUCAAUGGCAUCUUACUGUUAGACACAGCUCUGCAAACGCCUGUUUCAAAACAAGAUGACGUGGUUCAGCUUGAAUUGCCGGUUACAGAGGCUCAGCAACUGUUAUCUGCUUGCGUAGAAAAAGUAGAUGUUUCUAGCACAGAGGGAUAUGACUUAUUCAUCACACAACUGAAGGAUGGUUUAAAAAAUACCUCACAUGAAACAGCAGCAAAUCAUAAAGUUGCAAAGUGGGCAACGGUUACGUUCCACCUUCCUCAUCAUGUUUUGAAGUCUGUCGCCAGUGCCAUUGUAAAUGAACUCAAGAAGAUAAAUCAAAAUAUUGCUGCCUUACCUGUAGCAUCCUCUGUGAUGGAUAGGUUAUCUUACCUCUUACCCAGCGCGCGACCAGAACUUGGUGUGGGACCUGGUCGAUCUGUGGACAGGUCUUUGAUGUAUAGUGAAGCUAACAGACGGGAGACAUUCACUUCAUGGCCUCAUGUGGGUUAUAGGUGGGCACAGCCAGAUCCUAUGGCUCAAGCUGGAUUCUAUCACCAGCCUGCGUCAUCAGGAGAUGACAGAGCAAUGUGCUUUACCUGUAGUGUGUGUUUGGUAUGCUGGGAGCCUACAGAUGAACCUUGGUCGGAACAUGAGAGACAUUCCCCAAACUGCCCAUUUGUCAAGGGUGAGCACACUCAGAAUGUACCUCUUUCAGUCACAUUGGCAACAAGUCCAGCACAAUUUCCCUGCACGGAUGGCACUGACAGGAUAGCCUGCUUUGGAUCUGGAAGUUGCCCUCAUUUUCUAGCUGCUGCAACAAAACGAGGAAAGAUCUGCAUAUGGGAUGUUUCAAAACUUAUGAAGGUCCACUUAAAAUUUGAGAUCAAUGCAUAUGAUCCAGCUAUUGUGCAGCAACUUAUGUUAUCAGGAGAACAGAGCUCAGGGGUUGACUCAAGGAGACCAACACUAGCGUGGCUAGAAGAUUCAUCUAGCUGCUCAGAUAUACCAAAAUUAGAAGGAGACAGUGAUGACCUACUGGAGGAUUCAGACAGUGAAGAACAUUCCAGAUCGGAAUCUGUGACAGGGCAUACAUCACAAAAAGAAACUAUGGAAGUCAGCCUUGAUAUAACAGCUCUCAGCAUUCUUCAGCAACCUGAAAAACUUCAGUGGGAAAUUGUCGCAAAUGUUCUGGAAGACACGGUUAAGGAUCUAGAAGAACUUGGGGCAAAUCCCUGUUUGGCCAACUGUAAGAGUGAAAAGAUGAAGGAAAAACAUCUAGAACAACACAACAUUCCCUUUCCUUGUUUAUUAGCUGGAGGUCUAUUAACAUACAAAUCACCUGCUACCUCUCCUGUUAGCAGUAACUCUCAGAGGUCACUGGAUGGCUUAAGUAGGACUCGAGGUGAGAGUGUCUCGGAACAGGGAUCAACUGACAAUGAAUCCUGCACUAAUUCAGAACUGAAUUCCCCUCUGGUAAGGAGGACUUUACCUGUAUUGCUGCUAUACAGCAUUAAGGAAUCUGAUGAAAAAGCAGGAAAACUUUUUUCACAGAUGAACAAUAUUAUGAGUAAAAGUAUACAUGAUGAUGGUUUCACGGUUCCACAGAUCAUUGAAAUGGAGCUGGACAGUCAGGAACAGUUGCUGUUACAGGACCCCCCUGUGACUUACAUUCAGCAGUUUGCAGAUGCUGCAGCCAACCUAACUUCUCCGGACUCGGACAAGUGGAGCUCUAUGGUUCCCAAGCCUGGGACAUUGGUCCAGUGCCUGCGUCUGCCAAAGUUUGCGGAGGAGGAGAACCUGUGUGUAGAUUCAAUCACGCCUUGUGCAGAUGGAGUUCAUUUGUUAGUAGGACUGCGGACUUGUCCUGUCGAAUCUCUGAGUGCAAUAAAUCAAGUAGAGGCCUUGAAUAAUUUAAAUAAAUUAAACUCGGCACUAUGUAAUAGAAGGAAGGGGGAACUAGAAUCGAGUCUUGCUGUGGUGAAUGGCACGAGUAUUGAUGUAAUACAACAUGAGUCACCAGCAGAUGUACCUAAUCCUUUAAUAAUUCAACCUGAACAGAGAAGUGUUAGUGGUGGAUACCUAGUGCUUUAUAAGAUGAAUUAUGCCACUAGAAUAGUUACUCUAGAGGAGGAGCCGGUAAAAAUCCAGCAUAUCAAAGACCCCCAAGACACAAUUACCUCAAUGAUUUUGCUCCCACCAGAUAUACUGGAUAAUCGAGAGGAUGACUGUGAGGAGCCUGUAGAGGAAAUACAAUUAACUUCUAAAAAUGGCAGUGGGAGAGAGAGAAGAUCUGAGAUACCUACUCUUGGGCACCUGGUAAUAACUACUCAGGGAGGAUAUUUAAAAAUACUAGAUCUUUCAAACUUUGAAAUUCUGGCCAAAGUGGAGCCACCUAAAAAAGAGGGCACUGAGGAACCAGAUAUGUUUGUCUCUGUGAUAUACUGUUCGGGCACAGACAGAUUAUGUGCAUGCACCAAAGGUAAGAUUUUUCUUUAA